GUUACAUAACGCGCAAGGGAAGACGCAUUUGGAUACGUUUCGUUGAUUUCCGCGCUAACACACUAUUUAUGUUAUUACGACCCAUUCUUUUUUUUUUAAAAUCAAACAUGAAGCCCGUGAGCGCCAUUAGUCGUCGUUUUUCUGCUUUCUAUAACCAUCUAGCCAAAUCCACGGAACCCCUCUUAAAGAACCGGAACGCCCAUCUUGCUUCGACUCUAUUUGGUGAGAAUCAAUCCAGACCGGGAAUGCUUCAUCAGGAUCAGCCUCUGGCCUACGGAGGUCAAAACACAAAUCGCUCCUCUUCCUCAGUGUCAAGCAGGAAAUAUGAUCAAGAUGGCAACCAUAACUUCCUGACAGGCAAUGGAAGAGGAAGAGGCGAUGAAAAUCAAAACCCGCAUCGCCCUAGUAAACUGGGCCCUCUGACCCCCGACCUGAAAUCCUCCCCCAGCAACUCCGGGAUCCUAUCACCUCGCUCCCGCAUGCCCUGCUGGAGCACGCUGGAACCCCUUCCCGAAAUCGAAUACUCUGAUGACAGCUAUGGCCGAGUGCCUCCCGAUGGAGCUGAGGAAAGGAGGAUGGAGGAAGAGGAGGGACAGAUGAUGACCAAGCACAGGGAGAAGAUGGAGUUCCAGAGGAGGAAAAGCAGCAACCGAGGCAGGGAUGACCUGGAGGAGAUGAUGAAGCUUGAAAAUGACGACGAGUGGGGGGACAGCGGCUCGGACUCGGACUCUGGCGGGAGCAUGUCCUCCAUCCGAUUGGAGAGGGGAGGCAACUGGUUGUCGACCGGAGGCUUGGAACGGAUGGCGUUUGGGGAACAGAAGCUGAGCCGCCACGACAGCGAGCCGACCAGAAGUAAAGAGUCAUCGGGAAAACGGAGAAGCUUCAGCCGCAAUUCCAUAUCGGGAAGUCACAUGGAAGACCUCCUGGAGGAAGGAGCGGAGGAGAGGCAUGACCAGUCAUCGGAUUCUGAUGGCGAGCUUCCCGAAAUGAUGGAUGCCGUGUGGACUCUGCGGGACCGCGAGAGGUUCAAGGCUCAGGAGAUGGAGAAGCAUCAGGUGCAGCUGACCAUGUACCGGCGCCUGGCUCUGAUCCGUUGGCUCCGCACCCUGCAAGGACGCGUGGAGGAGCAACAGAACCGCCUGCAGUCCAGCUUUGAUAUCAUCCUCACGCACAGGAAGGAACUGUUGCGCAUGGGUGCCGCCGUGGUCAACCCGCCGCCGCCUGCCGCUGUGGGACAGUCAUAGGAGCGGAAACGAGGAACAAUGAAAGCGAUAUUUAUUUCCUCUGAGAUAAAAAGGAAAAAAAAAAACAUGCGUUCACAAGAGAUGUAUUAGCAAGGCAAAGCAACAGGAAGCGCUCUGAGUUAUUGACAUCGGGCGAUUUUAUCCAGUUAGAGGCCAGGAGCAGGUAAAUACGUCCAUUUUUUAUUUUAUUUUAUUUUUUUAUUUGUUUUUGUUUUUUUUCUGGAAAAGGUCAGCCUUUCGGAAAUGGCAAUCAGCUUGAGCUCUGCACCGCGCCCAAAUCCAACCCAAUCUGAUGGGUCAAAAUAAUUAACCCAACUUUGGGUAAAAUUAACCCAAUCUGCUCAAAGUCCAGAGCUACCCAGCAACUGGGUUACGAAGGAAAAAAAAGAAGCUUUUUUUUUUUGGUGUGG